GGGGUCGUAAGCCAUCAUGUCUUCCAAGUCCGACAAACAUAAAACCGCGUUCGAUCUUGUAUCCAAGGUAGUUCAAAACCCUGCUAUACAAACCCCCCUUCAGAAUGUCCCGGAAAACGAAGCGAUCGAACCAUCAAACAAGCAGGAGCACUCUUCUAGCAGGGAGAAUCUCGACCAAGCUCCGAGUCACGGACAAAGGAGCCUUCUGAAACUUAAGAACGAGUCUCCAUGGAAUUCGUACAGGAAGGAAUUCGGCUGUGAGCUUGCCGGAGACGCCGUCGCGGUCGCCCAUAGCAAAAACCCUUCGAAGGUUCUGUUACUCAGGUCCUACCCUGACGCUAUUUCGUCCAAGAUGCUACAAUGGUUUUCCCAACAUCAACACCGUCAUAUCAUGUCUGCCAAGGAGGCCUAUUUCUUCAAGAGUUCAUUACACAUUAUAUGUGAAGACCUCCCCUUGACUUUGGAGAAUCUCACUAUCUGUCGUGCCUAUCCAACGGAAGCUCAACUCGCUGUGAUCAUGAGACAGAUUCUGGAAGGUCUAUCAUACCUGGGAAGCCAAGGUCUUGAGCAUCAGGCUUUGAAAUCAUUGAACAUCUUAAUGAAUCUGGAUGGCAUCGUCAAGAUAGGUUCGUUAGAAGACGUUCACGCCCGAGACCAGAACCGAGACCAACGCGCAACUCUGGAUGCUAUAAAGACAAUUGCUAUGGAGUUGAUGGAGAAGCAUACUAAAAAGAACGGUACUACUGGCGUGAAUGACCUGAAUCGUUGGCCAGUGGACUCAAACGCGGUGAAGUUUCUUGCGGCCAUUGACUCUGUCAGUACCGUCAAUGAGUUGAGAAAGCACCAGCUCAUAAGACAAUGCACCGCCACUGAGGGUGAGCUGGUUGGUUUAGCGCGAUUUGCCUUGGUGUCUACUAGGACUUUCUAUUCCUAUCCAUAGUGAGCUAACACUGGUUGCUCUGGUGUCGUCCCAAUCUUCUAGAAGAUUGAGAUUAGUAAGCUAGAGCUCAUCACGUGAUUGUCACUACCUGUUGAACGCCAAGCGCACUAAACCAAAUAUGGAGCAUACGGAUCAACAGAGAAUUACUUCAAGUUUUACACAGAAUCUUCUACAAAUCGUUGCCUCGUUGAGCAUUACAAAUCAACUACAAAUUAAGUUAUGCAUCAAGAACGUUCUGUCAAACCUCGUCACUUGUUGAAUGCUUGAAAAUUUGCAUAAAAAAUCCCCUAAAAACCCAUUACAAGGAUAUUUUAAGAACCGUGCCCG